UCCUGGCAGUAUUCUCCUGCCCAGACCGGUGUUGGAGACGGACACGUGAAGACGUGCAGACUGGCCUCUUGCGCGACGUGACGGGAUCGACGCGCGGAGGUGAUGCAACGCCAACCACCCCACCACGACCAUCACCACCGCCCCCCAGCAUGAACGAGCAUGGCGCCCUCGACAUCUCCGCCGCCACGUCGGUCGCCGACAUCCACCUCGCCCUCGCCCACCUGCAGGAGCAGGAGGCUGCCGUCACCCACCGCCUGAAUGCCCUCGUCGCAUCGCAAAAAGACCUCUCCCGCGAGCUUGGCCGCCUGGACCUGCUGCGCGCCCAUCUCGGCGGCCAGGUCGUCAACACGCGCGCAAUCAGCAAUGGCAUGCUCUCCGACGCUGCCUCGACGGCCAAUCGCAUCUCGAGCGCCGUGAAGCGCCUGGACCAGGAGCAGUCCAAUGUGAAGGCGACGCUGGACGUGGUCGAGCAGGUCGCUGAGCUCAAGGCGUGUGUGCUGGGCGUGCACGGGUCCAUGGGCGCGCCGCAGGACUGGGAGACAGCCGCUGCCUACCUGAGCCGCGCAUCCAAGAUCCCCCACGACGUCGUCAAUGGCAGCUUCGCCGAGGAGAUUGUGCCCACUGCAGAGGUCCCCGACCCGCCUCGUGUGACACUGGACGCCGCUGCCGAGUCCCUGUGUGGCCUGUUCCUGCGCGAGUUCGACAAGGCUGCAAAGGAUGGCGACGGCUCCAAGAUCACCCGCUUCUUCAAGCUCUUCCCCCUCAUUGGGCGGGCGGAUGUAGGCUUGGAUGCCUACGGGCGCUAUGUCUGCCAGGGCGUGGCAGCGAGGGCCCGCACCAACUUCAACUCGGCUGCACCAGCACAGCGAAGCGAGCCCUUCUUCUACGCCAACACCGUCACGAAACUGUUCGAGCACAUUGCACAGAUUGUCGACGGCCAUGCGCCGCUUGUCGAGCAGCACUACGGCCUAGGCAUGAUGGCGAAGGUGGUCGAGCGUCUGCAGAUUGAAGCUGACGUUCAGGGGGGAAUUAUCCUCGACACAUGGCAGGAUGAGCGCAACAUCCACCGCACCCUGACGGACAUCAAGUCGUAUGCAUUUUCAUUUCUUGUCCAGAGCUUUCUGCCCGCCCAGAAACCUGCCCCUGGAGCCCCCCGGUCCAACUCGCCAGCCAAUGCUGUACGGACGAGUGAGGAUGAGGGGGUGAAUAUGAAGGAAGUCGACGGGCUGCUGGGGGAGAGUGCGCUGAUGCUUGGUCGUUGGGCCCUGUACUCGCGAUUCAUCUCGGACAAGUGUGCACCUUCCACUCCCCCAGACCUCAUCGACCACGGUCUCGUUAUGCCGCCCUUCCUUGCAACCAGCAACCUCCAAAAGAAAGUCACGUCCCACCUCAUCGACCCCUUCAACAUCAUGACGACCUUCUUCUUCCGCCGCUCCGUAGAAAAGGCCUUCCAGCUCGACGAAUCACCCGCAGACCUCACGCUCAACCCCACCAAGCCCCUCGGCUCCAACCCGCCAUUCAUCACCUCCGCCGUCGACGACGUAAUGUACAUCGUCAACCAAGUCCUGCAGCGCACGCUAGCCACCUCCCAGCGCAACGUCGUCGCCAGCGUCGUCCCAACCGUAAGCCGCGUCCUAGGCAGCGACUUCAUCGGCAUGAUGCAGCGCAAAAUGCGCGACGAAAGCUACCCCAAACCCGUCAUCCAAGGCGGCCUCCCCCCCGAAGACAAAGUCAUCGCCUUCCUCGUCCUCAUCAACAACCUCGACAUAGCAAACGACUACAUAAAACGCAUCGUCGACCAGCAACUCGCUCCCAACCCCUCAACCCAACACUCCCCCCUCCAAGACCUCUUCCCCUUCGGCCACGACAGCACUUUCGUCCACACUGCGCUACAAACCCUCGAAUCCUCCUUCGCCGCAAAAAGCUCAGAGCUCCUCAACGACGGCAUCACCGUGCUGGUUGCUAACGUCCUCAAACCCCGCAUCCGCCCCAUCCUCGCAGAAGCCUUCCGCGAUAUCGAUUACGCCCCGCCAGACGACGCUCUUGACGACGAACCAGACGACGCCGAUGACGCCGACCUCGUAAAAUCCCGCUUCGACCGCCACUGGCACAUCGUCAUCCGCCCCAUAAAACGCAUCCUCACCCCCGCAAACUUCGACCGCCUCCUCACAGCCACCAUCCCCUAUCUGGCCUCCGCCCUCGAAAAAAGAAUCAAAAGCUACUACGGCCGCGUCAAUGAACUCGGCGCUGUUAGGCUGGAGAGGGAUGUAGCGGGUGUUGUGGCGAAGGCGGUCGAGGGCGGGAAGUAUGGCCUUAGAGAUGCGUUUACGAGGGUUACGCAGAUGUGUGUUAUUCUUAAUAUGGAGGGGGAGGAGUGGGAGGAGAGUUUGAGGGGGGAGGGGGGGAUGGAGUGGGUGCUUGAUUGGGAGGAGAGAGCGGGGGUGCGCGCUAUUCUUGGGGGGGUGGUUUGA